UAAUCUAUUGUUUUACUGGUUUAUUUAUUUCGUAGGGUGUUUAGCCUUUCUCGUUUUCUCUCAUCACACUAUAGAAGCUGGUGCUUUUAUUUUUGAAAGUGUUCCGCCGGCAGAGAAGCAGGCGCAGUUUAAACAGCAGCUCUUCUCGAAGGAGCUCAUCACCAUAGACUGAACAAAUAAGGUCAUCACAUUUCGACCAACAAACAAACAAAACAAGACAUGGGUCCUAUUGGGACAGUUGCUGCCAUUGUCGGAGGUGCAGUAGGGGCCAUGGCCCUGGCUCCUGUUGCUCUGGGGGCCAUAGGCUUCACCUCAGGUGGCAUAGCAGGAGGCUCCUAUGCUGCCGGCAUGAUGUCGUCUGCUGCAGUUGCAAACGGAGGAGGAGUGGCGGCUGGAAGCACCGUGGCUGUUUUGCAGGCAGCAGGUGCUGCUGGUCUGUCUGCAGCAGCCAAAGCAGCUUUGGCCGGCACUGGAGCAGCAGUGGGGUGGCUGUCGAGCUUCAUCCGCUGAAAAUCAUGAAAGAACAAAAUGCAUUUACGGUCUUGUACUUUUUCCAGAUUAAGGAGGUUAUUUCCAGUUAAUACCCCUUAAAUUUACUGAACAGCAGCACUUUUGUGAUUACAGACUACUGAAAUGCUUUUGUGCAAUAAAUGCCUGUGUGGAACAUA